AGUUAAAAAAGAAGAAUUGAAUGGAAAAUGGAUCCCUGAAACUCUUCAAGUGGAUUGAGAUCGGAGAGAUUCAGAGCGAGAGAGAUACGAAUCGGAAGAAACCGAAGAAGAAGACUGAGUCAGUUGUGAAAAUGGAAAAAUAUCUGUCCGCCAUUGGUAUUGACGUCAGCUGCGCGCUCAAUUCUCUCCGCCAUGGAACCAUCCCUCACAAAGACUGCCUCCUCCCUCUCAUCUCCAAGCUCCUCGGCUACGCCAUCGUCGCCGCUUCCACCACCGUUAAGCUCCCUCAGAUUAUGAAGAUCCUGAAGCACCAGAGUGUGAGAGGUCUUAGCAUGAUAUCCUUCGAGCUUGAGGUUGUUGGUUAUACCAUAGCACUGGCUUACUGUCUCCACAAGGGGCUUCCCUUCUCUGCUUAUGGGGAACUGUUGUUUCUGUUGAUCCAAGCUUUAAUUUUGGUUGCCAUAAUCUACUACUAUUCUCGACCUUUGCGUACCACAACAUGGAUCCGAGCAUUAAUAUAUUGUGCUGUAGCACCGACUAUCUUAGCUGGUCAAAUUGAUCCUUUUCUCUUUGAGGCUUUGUAUGCAUCCCAGCAUGCGAUCUUUCUCUUUGCCAGAAUCCCUCAAAUAUUGAAAAACUUUUCUAACAGGAGUACAGGGGAGCUCAGCUUCUUAACUUCUUUGAUGAAUUCUGCAGGUUCAAUGGUUAGAGUAUUCACAAGCCUCCAAGAAAAUGCACCAAAAAGCGUUGUAAUGGGUUCCGCAAUUGGUGUUGCUACAAAUUUCACCAUCCUAAGCCAGAUAUUGUUCUACCAAAAGCCAAGGGUCACUGAGAAAGAGAAGAAAACGAAAUAGAAGAACUAUACAAAGUCAUGUAUACUGCUACUUCAGAGUUCCUCGUGUUCAUCUUUCAACAGGUGCUACGUCCUUGAAGCCAUACUCAGAAUUUUAUCACUGUUGAAUUGACCCUUUUGAACAUUUACCUUUUUUCAACUGCUGAUUCUUAAGGUAGCCAACUUAGAAUGGGUAACUGGGGGACUUAAAUGGGUAAUUUCGGAGAGUAAUGUAAUAUUUUUUUUUGGGUAUUUCAAUUGAUUUCAUGUAAUCUUUUUGUUUUGGUAUUAACUUAAUGCAAUUUUAACAUUUCAACAAGUUUUUA